AUUUUGUGUUUCUCUUUCCAGCGCUUCUCCUUCUCCGCAUGCUUUCCGCCAGCUGCCAAGCCGCGCGCUUCUCAAGUACCCCCUUCACUUCCAGCCCCACCAUCUCCACUGCCCGAACUGGUCAGCUCUCAGAAAGCUAGUGGGAAAGUUAUGGGGAACCGUAUCAACGGUUCACACGCCAGCUCGGGUGACCACUACCCAGAAGCACCUAUUCAGUCCAUCACGAACAACAGUCAUCUGGAAACCGUCAAGGUCUGCAAUCCACCGCCUCCAACAAUUACAGAGAGUGUGACAUACUCGGAUUUCGAUAAUAUUUGUCACAUUAAUGAAUGUGAUAUUCCAAUGAACCAAACCCCAAACUACUAUCAGAGUUCACGAUCAAAAUCAAAUCACCUUUGCACUAGUGAGGAAAGUAUUCUGUCAGCUUUGGUGCGUAAACAGCUACCAGGACUCAGUGAUGAAAUUCUGUCGGAUGCAGACUUUGUUUUAUGGUCAACAAAAGACAAUAAAAUGUUGACCGUGACGAAUGGUAAGCCAGGUAACGGAUUCUUCGAAGAUAGCACUCAUCCGUCACAUCAGAGCAGUACAAUGGAAGCUGAGCAGCGGGGCACUCGUCAGACCGUAGAGGAUAGGACUGACUACAAACGCAUUUCGCUACCGGAGCAGGAAUACGACUUCAGAGCGUCGNUGACGAAUGGUAAGCCAGGUAACGGAUUCUUCGAAGAUAGCACUCAUCCGUCACAUCAGAGCAGUACAAUGGAAGCUGAGCAGCGGGGCACUCGUCAGACCGUAGAGGAUAGGACUGACUACAAACGCAUUUCGCUACCGGAGCAGGAAUGCGACUUCAGAGCGUCGUGUCAGAAUGAUCUACAUGAAGGUAGAGGAGGUACCAUAAAAAAGCGCUGGUCCGUUUGUGACCGACCGCGUUCAGGUCAGGUUGCCACAGUGGCCAGUGCCUGGGAAGAAUACUUCAAUCCAGCCCUUCGGUCGAGUCGAGUGCUCAGCUACCAAGGUAAUGCUUCACAAUCGACACUAAGGAGCUCCCACACAGAGUGCAGCUUCACAACAGUGACACCAACCCUUAAAGCUGACAAGAAUAGCUCAGAAAACAAAAGUCAGCCAUACGAAGCACGUGGUGAGCAUACCUCAACAGAAUCCACCGUUCAUUCUGCCCGAAUUAAGGGUGACAUCUUGCCGCCGAACGGAUCAGCGACAUCUUCAUCUAUCAGUUCACUGGAAGACUAUCUGCUAGCCCGGAAUGAUGAGUGUAUCCACACCUAUCCUCAAGUAGAUUUCUCCACCCAGGCAUUGUGUUAUGAGCUACCACAAUCAACUUUGAUCAAAUGCACUCCAGAAAAUGAAGCAAAUAUGUUCACAGUCGAGUCGAACUCCAUGGAUUCUGCUGCACAGAUCAGUGACUUGUCAAGCUCAACUUUGACAAUUAGUGAAGCCCAAACUCCCAUUGAAGAAUUUCCUGGUACAAUUAGCCCCAUUGAGCUUGACGCAGUUAUUCUUAAAAUGCCUUCUGUAACCAGCGCGAAAAUAUCACCAGUGACGCAGCCAUUACGCAGAGAACUUUAUGAACAAGCAACAAAUUUCCCUUUCCGGCAGCGCAGCACCAGCACCCCGGCAGCAACAAGAAGGCCGCUCAAAAUCACGCUCGGACGUCACAGGAUAUUUGCCACAAGGUCACCAACAGCACUGUCCAAUUCCAGUGGAGAGUCAACUGGCUGGACAUCCGAUCAGGGACAGUGCACACGACCACGAUACUACCGACCAGUUCGAAGCCGAACUGUCCAAUCGUCUGAUUCGAAAGACCGUGUGUUUGUUUCACCGCACCCUUGCUUUCGAGAUGCUAUACGAAUCGACCAAUCAUUAGGGGCUAUGCCCAAGCUCGGCGACCACAGCACACGAUGCACGCCACGGUCAAAUGAAUCAGCCCUUCGCACGACACCCGUUUUAAGGCGCCGAGUGACUGUAUCUAGUUUCGCAACCGAGCCUUCCGACCAUGGUGAGAGCGAAAAGCAUACCAACCCCAAAACGGACCUAACCAGAUAUACUGCUGCAGACAGUGGACUAACAGAAUACGACCCGAAUGUUAUUAAGGCACCCCGCGUCUACACUGAGGUAAAUAAUGGAUAUUACCGGAAAAGCGGUCGCUCUUUGUCGGUCAAAAACCCACCACUUAUCAGUGAACCAUCUGAAAUUACCUUCCAACGGAAACUAGACACAUAUAAAAUGGAUUCAGCACCGCCAACCACCUCAGACGGCAUCGCGACACAAACGCAUAGGACAAAUCGAUCACGGGGGAUUUACAAAAAUAGAAGUAACCCCACAAUGCAGAACAAAAAUGACCAAACCGUUACUUCGUCAGAAAGACCCAUAAUCAAAACCGUGGCUCUGUCCCCAGCGGCUCAGCGAUACGAAGAACAUGUUCAGGCCGCCAUGUCACAAAGACCUUACGCGGGAGAAGUGACCCCUGUUUGGUUUUCAAAACUAACUAAAGGUCCUUUCCCAUCUGGAGAUGGCCAAGGUAACCAGACGUCGAAUUUUUCACCCACUAACGAGUUCCACUCACAACUGAUGAAAACGCCGGACAUGGCUGAAGGAGAUACGAUGGAUCCCGAAUUAUGGCGUCAAAAACUUGGAUUGAUUGCCCGUUGGCAGCACGAGGUAAACAGCGCUAUGCAAGCAGGUGAGACAGAAUUACACGGAACCCCAACUCUAUCCGAAUCGCACGGUUCUCCGAAUGAACGUACAGUUGAUUCAACACCACAGGACGCAACAGUUUCCUUACAGUCUGUGCACUCGAUAAAUCCAAUUCAAACUGACCUUUCAUAUCGGAUGCACUAUAUGGAGCCACGUUUGACAACCGGUUUCCAACCCGUCCAAACCUACCUUAUCAAUCAUCCAGGGGAAUGCUAUGCGACAACCUACAACUCUUUUAAUCAAUCGAAUUACGAUAAUCCCCAAAUGUUCAAUGCUGCGGUCGGAUUACAUCAAAACCUCGGAAACCAACAGCUUUCCGUCACACCAGCAACUGUACACAUGACGUACAUGGGACGAACAGCCUUCCCAAACAGUUACGUCGCCGGUGUGGAAAUCGGUCAUCCCCAUUGUAACCCUACGUUGGUCUCUCCAAACGCACAGCAGUCGAGGGAAACCCAACCCAUUUCCCGUUUUUCAGCUGUUGUGUUGCCGGCAACAUAUUGCUCCAACGCCACAAACAUGCCAUCGGAUCCCAGACAAACGGGCCCUCAGAUGAUUCGAGAACCGAGAAGUGAAACGACAAGGAGACAAUGCCGCAAUAUCGCGGUACAAAAACCAUUUCAGUGCUACAACCACACAUAUCGGUCUUCUCCACCACUUCCAUACACGAAUGUCACACCACGAAGCAAUCGGCAGUAUUGGGAUAAUCCCGCUGAAGCUCAACAGCCCUCAGCAGUGUUAUCCAAUGGAGUGAGUUCCCCUCAAACCGUCAAGCCUAGUCGGGACUCCACGCUGGCAUUUUAUUCACGCUUGUCCAACGGAGACAACGGCCAUACGACCUCUUUGGUUUCCGCGACGCCGGCUCCAGCUUCUGGGCAUCCGGUCUCUUUGAUGUGUCAGUCAACACCUCCAGACGCAUUAGCCACCCAACUUGCAGAUACCCACCAACGUGUGACCAACAGAGAGGGUGACUGCAUUCCAAUCUACGAGGGUAUGGAGAAUUGGGGGAACUGGGAUGGAACUCCAAGCGUGGAAUGGACAAGAAUACCGCCACCGGCAAACAGGCGGUCUAUACAGCCAACUGUGACUAGUAUCGGCAAAUGCGAGCACUCGACAAAGGAGGACGGUAUACCUAAGCCUAUAGAGCGCGGGCGACGGCGAUCGGUGACUCGCUUGCAGCUCACCGUACCCAAAACCUCACAAGAUCCCAUGACUAGCAGUCAGUUGACACAAGCAUCCUCAAUAUCGACCAAUAUAGAAUUACGGCCGACAUUGCGGCGAGCUGCGACAAUUAGUCCAGUGCGUCGGCGGCCUGAAAUCAAAGACAGGGAUGCAGUACCAAACGGUCCAUUGGCAAACAGUUCGGGUUUCGCUUCCGCGGGAUCAAUCACUGGAGUGCAGGAAGAUACCGGUCCAGUCAUCAGCAGACCACUGGCUCCGUUUCGUGCAAGCGAACGUGGACAAAAGCGCGGUGCAAAUGGAUUACCCCCGGCUGUCGACGUCCAUGCCUACCCAUUGGUUUUCGACCUGAAAAGAGGUCUAGAACGCCUUAGUCGUUCCUCAGUGAACAACGACGAUUCAAACGCACAGGAUGCUGGCGGUUAUCCAGGACUGGAAAACCGCAACAGCAAAUUGCAAAUCCUACCUCCGAACAAAUUUCUUCUGGGUCGCGUCGCCUCCAACGAAGACAUCUGUAUCGAAACUGAGACUCCGUUCACCUUCACUAUCGCGGCUACGAAUAAUGAAAUAUGCAUUACCAAAGUAGCUUCAGUUAGCGAUCUGAAACAGAUUGAAGUUGCUGAGGAUUCCGAAAAGAGGGAUAACAAGUCAGGUCGAUGCGUUCCCGUUAGUCUACGUCUCACUUUUGGAUCCGAGGCGGAUUUAUGGGAGAAAUCGAACGAACAGCCGUCGAAUUCGCAGGGUACAUGCUACCGAUCACUGUACCAAGUCAAUCUUCCUCAAGCUUCAAAUAUGGUAAGACGACCAACUGCUCAAGGAAAUCGUUUUUCGAAAUCUAACAAUUCGCUACGCUACAGUCUUCCAUGUAUCUCCUCCCGAGAGAAUCAAACACGUCCAACUGAACUCAUUCCUUAAUGAUAUCAAAAUUGUACAGUUCGGAGAUGGAUGCUCAAAGUGUAAUCCAUGACAAAGGUGCUUUCUUAUUUCGAUCUUUCGUGUUCGUGCUCUUCGCUGCUAGGAUAACAAACAACACCUGUGACUUUUUGCAACUUCAUGAAAUAUCCCCUUAUCUCCCUCAUGAACACAGAGUUGUCCCGGUCGUAGGAUAAUAGCAGAAUUGCGAUCAAUAGAUAGAAAAAACUCUUCUUGUUAGUUUAACCACACAUCUCUCCCAUUCAGCUUCGCAUGCGCACCACUGUACCCUGCAUACCACUGCAAGCAAUGAAUACAUCUUCCCAGGAUGACCGUUUCCUUGACGCGGUCCUUUAUAACAAAG